UCACUAUAAACUAUGGAAACCAUCAUUUUUCCAACUUCACCGAUGAUCGGAUUCCUGCCGGUCAACCAACCAAUGACUCGAUGUUUUCAACCCAAACAUAAACGUUUUGCGGUUGUAUCUGUACUAACACCAUCCACUUCUACUAACAACCUUAAAACCGAGGCUACAAGCAGUUAUAACAUAAACAUAGAUACCACCACAAGCAAGACAGUCUAUAAAGACACCUGGUUCGAUCAGGUCGCCAUUGAUUAUCUCUCCAAAGCAGUGCAAGACACCACUGGGAUGAAAAACGAGAAGAGCGGGUAUGAGAGCUUGGUGAUAGCUGCCGGAGCGGUUUUCAGAAACUUUGACCCGAUCCAACAACGACAGCUUGUUGUGAAGGCUCUUCAGAGUGCUAUUCCUCGACCUAUCUCAUUCCUGAUCAAAACAAUGUUGCCACCUUCAAAGUUCUCAAGAGAGUAUUUCGCCACCUUCACAACCAUCUUCUUCCCUUGGCUUGUUGGUUCAUGUGAGGUAAUAGAAUCUGAGUUUGAAGGGAGAAUCGAGAGAAAUGUCGUUCAUGUAAAGAAAUGCAGGUUUCUUGAAUCGACUAAUUGCGCAGGAAUGUGCACCAAUCUCUGCAAGAUACCAUCACAAGAGUUCAUUAAGAGUUCCUUCGGCGUCCCAUUCAACAUGGUUCCGAAUUAUGAGGAUAUGAGUUGCGAUAUGAUAUUUGGGCAGAAUCCUCCUACGCUACAAGAUGAUCCAGCAUUUAAGCAACCUUGCUACAAAUUAUGUAAUGUGAAACAUAAACAUGAUACAAGUUGUGUAUCCAAGCCCUCGGAAUAUAUAGAUUAAUAUAGAGAUCAAAGACUCAAAAAGAACGUCAUUAUAUUUCGGUUUUAAUCAAAAUUGUUUCAUAAUGUUAUUUAGAUUUGAUUUGAUAAAUAUAAGAUACC